CCGCGGCCGGGAUGCGCUCGGAGGCGGCGCAGCAGCUGGGCGGCCUGGAGAGGUUCGCCAGCGCCGGCAAGGGCCGGGGGCUGCGGGCGCGGCGGCGCUUCGCCGUGGGGGAGCUGCUGUUCAGCUGCCCGGCCUAUGUCGCCGUGCUGACCGUCAGCGAGCGCGGCGGCCACUGCGACGGCUGCUUCGCCAGGAAAGAAGGAUUGUCCAAGUGCGGAAGAUGCAAGCAGGCCUUUUACUGCAAUGUGGAAUGUCAGAAAGAAGACUGGCCAAUGCACAAGCUGGAAUGUGCCUCCAUGUGCACUUUUGGGCAGAACUGGAAUCCCUCAGAGACUGUGAGGCUAACAGCAAGGAUCCUUGCCAAACAGAAAACUCACCCAGAAAGAACGCAGUCAGAGAGGCUGUUUGCUGUAAAGGAGUUUGAAUCACACCUUGACAAACUAGACAAUGAAAAGAGAGAGCUGAUUCAGAACGACAUUGCUGCUCUUCAUCACUUUUACUCAAAGCACUUGGACUACCCUGACAAUGCUGCUCUUGUAGUUCUCUUUGCACAAGUUAACUGUAAUGGCUUCACAAUUGAAGAUGAAGAACUCUCCCAUUUGGGAUCAGCCAUAUUUCCUGAUGUUGCAUUGAUGAACCAUAGCUGUUGCCCAAAUGUGAUUGUGACUUACAAGGGAACCUUGGCUGAAGUCAGAGCUGUUAGAGAGAUUGAGCCUGGAGAUGAGAUUUUCAGCAGCUAUAUUGACCUGCUGUAUCCCACAGAAGACAGAAAUGACCGGUUAAGAGACUCCUAUUUCUUUAGUUGUGAUUGCAGGGAGUGCACUACAAAAGAAAAGGAUAAAGAGAAACUGGAAAUCUGCAAGCUGAAUGAUCCUCCGUCAGCAGAGACAGUAAAAGACAUGAUCAAAUAUGCCAGGAACGUGAUUGAGGAAUUCAGGCGAGCCAAACACUACAAAUCCCCUAGUGAAUUACUGGAGAUCUGUGAACUCAGCCUGGACAAGAUGGGUGCAGUGUUUGAAGACAGUAAUGUUUAUAUGUUACAUAUGAUGUACCAGGCCAUGGGUGUCUGUCUCUACGUGCAGGAUUGGGAAGGUGCGCUGUGUUAUGGGCAAAAAAUUAUCAGACCCUACAGUAAACAUUAUCCUUCCUACUCGCUGAAUGUUGCCUCCAUGUGGCUGAAAUUAGGGAGACUCUACAUGGCACUGAAGAACAGGACGGCUGGAGUUAAAGCCCUGAAGAGGGCAAUUGCUAUCAUGGAAGUAGCACAUGGGAAAGAUCAUCCAUACAUUUCAGAGAUCAAAAAGGAAUUAGAGGACCACUGAGCCUUUGAAUCUAUGCAAUCCUUCAAACCUUUAUUUAAAAAGCCUUGUUAUGGAAACCUUCAGGAGCGCUUUGAAAAGCGGUAGAGUAUGAACACAGUUCUGUCCUAUAAUUGGAAUGACAAACACACUUAGGCCUAGCUUCCACACAUCUACAAUUGCCUUUUUUUUUUUUUUUAAGGAAGCAUCCAUGGUUUCUUAAAGGUUAUGCCUUUUGAUGGCUCAUGUGCAAAAAUGGCCAUUUUUUUCUUUAGGGAUGUUGGUGUGGAUCUUAUUUGUAUGAAGUAAAUAAAAUGGUCUUGGUCACUCUUGAUUCCACUUGUACACUUAAAUGGGUGCAAUAGGUUUGUGAUAUGUACUUUUGCCCAAAUAGUUUUGCUUACUCUGACAAAUUAGCAAAAGCCCUUUUUCUGU